GCUGAGUGCUCAGUGAUCCCUCAACUCGUCCAACAGGCGGACGGAGAGACGGAAGACGCGUGAUCCAUUUUGAAGUCGUGAUUGGUCCUGGGAAAUCAUCCUCCCAUCCAUCCACCCCAUCCACGUGGCUAGGAGUGAUUCCCCAUCCGGGGGUGUGCAUUGCCGGUCAGGUCAUCCGUGUAUUUCCCGGCUGAUUGAUUCUCAGGGCGUGGCUCGUUUCUGAGGUGCGACAGAAUGGCGUCCGAACCGGGAUGCAAAGUAUUCAUCGGCAAUAUCAAUGAAAAUGUGCGCAAAUCCGAACUGCGACAUGAAUUCGAAAAGUUCGGCGAAGUCAUGGAUGUGUAUAUCUCCAACGGGUACGCUUUCGUCACAUUCGCUCAGAGCGAUUCGGCCUCGUCGGCCAUCCGGGACAUGGACGGAUCCAUGUACAUGGGCGAAAAACUUCGCGUAGAAAUCUCGCGGGGUCGAGCCAAUUCAGAUCGUCGUGGAGGAAUGGGCGGAUCGCGAGGAUCGGACAUGGGACGACGCGGAGGAGAGGGAGGAGGGGGUAGGCGGGAUCGCCCGCCACCCUUGGGAGGCUCGUUUGCCCCGUAUCCUGCACGACGUGAUGAUUUCAGAGACGCGCGCAGUGGAAUGUCGCGCGGUGGCGACAAAGGGGGACGCGGCGGGUUCGGUGGCGAUCGGGGAUACGCCGGACGAGACGGUGCCAGCCGUUAUGAUCGACGCGACGGACCUCCUUCCGGAUAUCAUCGAUCUUCCAGAGUCGACUCAGGGCGGGACUUUGAACGUCGCCGAUCGUUCAGCCCGCCAUUGCCCCCCAGAUCAUAUUCUGAUGAAGUGGGUGGAUUUGGUGGGUCCCGGUCUCGAGCUCCACCCUAUGGCGGCUCUAACCAUCGAGGUCCUAUGUCACCCCCUCGACGCGGAGGGCAUUUCGACGAUCGUCGACGACUUUCGCCGCCACCGGCACGAUUUGAACGCGAAGGUGGCGGUUUUCCUCGCCGUUCUCCACUACCCGCACCUCACAGUCGGCGUGACGAAAUGAGUCGCCGACCCAUGACUCCACCAAUCAUCCCAGCCAGCCGAUUCAGAAGUCGAUCGCCCGUGGACCGUCAUUUGGGACCUUCAAGAGCCGAGUAUUCAGACCGAAGAGGUCCAGACCUUAGAGAUUCCCGACCUUCAUUCGGCCGCGGCGGACGUGGCGGUCGCCCUCGUCCCGACAAUGAUUACGACCGCGGACCUCGCGGUGGCGGCGACUUUGGUGGGCUAAGCGGAGGUCGAGGUCGCGGUGGUGGCAGGCCCUUCCGCGAUGAUCGAGGUCCUCCUCCACCUCGAAGUGGUGGGGGACUGGAUGGUCGUCAUCGCUCUCCGCGACCGCGCUAUUAGUUGUUUCCCAAUCCAUAUAAACCUCACCUCAAAAGUAUCCGAGUAUCUGUUGAUUAAUGUCUGCAAUCAAGCUCUGAACUGGAAAGUGAAGACCAUUUGUCCUCUCAUUUUCUCUUGAUGAAUGCUUGAAUCCCAUCGUAUCAUUGUAAAUAUACCAAGAUUGCGCUA